UCGGAAGUCUCUCGAAAGUGGUCGAGGCUGGCGGGAUUGCCGGCUUUAUCCAAAAUAUAUAACUUAAUACUCCGUGUUUUGUAAUUAAAGUAAUAAAUAACUUAAAGUUUUGAUUUACCUGUUUCUAUUCGUCCAUCAAUGUGCCAUUGAUUACGCGUAAUACAUUUUAGUGCAUUAUAAAAAGAUACAAAGCUAAUCCGUUGUUAGGUGAAUUAUUGGCCAUAAAUAAUGCUUCAUCGGGAUCGAAAUUUAGGCAGAGGCCGUGGUAAUGGAAGUAAUAGAAAAGAACGUGGUGGCUAUGAUAAUAAUAAUUAUGGUAAUAAUCGGUUUGCGGGUCGUGGAGGCAAUACCAGUGGAGGAGUCAAAGGCAAAAUGCCUGGGAGUGCCUUAAAAAAAUUGAACUGGGACAUAUCGUCAUUAGAACCAGUGAAGAAAGAUUUUUAUGUUGAACAUUCAUCUGUAUCAAGAAGAUCACCUGAUGAAAUUAAUAAAUUUCGUCAGACUGCUGAGAUAACUGUAAAAGGAAACAACGUUCCUAAUCCAAUCCAGCAUUUCCAAGAGGGGAAUUUCCCUCCCUACAUCAUGGAAGGAAUAAGAAAACAAGGAUUUUCACAACCAACAGCUAUUCAGUCUCAAGGAUGGCCUAUCGCUCUCAGUGGUCGAGAUCUUGUAGCAAUUGCUCAAACAGGUUCAGGAAAAACUUUAGGAUAUAUUUUGCCUGCAAUCGUUCACAUAAUUCAUCAACCACCGUUGAGUCCUGGAGAUGGGCCGAUAGCUUUAAUUCUUGCACCGACUAGAGAAUUGGCUCAGCAAAUUCAAGAAGUAGCCAAUUAUUUUUGUGAAUCAGCAUCAGUAAGAAACACAUGCAUAUUUGGGGGAGCUCCAAAAGGACCUCAAGUAAGUGAUCUUGAGCGAGGAGUAGAGAUAUGCAUCGCUACACCUGGAAGAUUAAUUGAUUUCCUUGAACGUGAAACAAUAAAUUUACGACGAUGUACUUAUUUAGUACUUGAUGAAGCAGAUAGAAUGUUAGACAUGGGAUUUGAACCGCAAAUACGUAAAAUAAUUGAACAAAUUCGACCUGACCGUCAGAUUCUUAUGUGGUCUGCAACGUGGCCAAAGGAAGUCCGUGCUUUAGCUGAAGAUUUUUUGACUGAUUAUACACAAUUAAAUAUUGGAUCCUUGACUUUGUCUGCUAAUCAUAAUAUUAUUCAGAUAAUUGAUGUGUGUCAGGAGUUUGAAAAAGAUAUUAAAUUACAACGACUGUUGCAAGAAAUUGGUACUGAAAAAGAAAAUAAAACAAUCAUUUUUGUUGAAACUAAACGUAAAGUUGAUGACAUUACAAGAAAUAUAAGAAGAGAUGGCUGGAUAGCUUUGAGUAUUCACGGAGAUAAAAAUCAACAUGAGAGAGAUCAUGUUUUGCAAGAGUUCCGUAGUGGACGUGCGCCAAUUCUCGUAGCAACUGAUGUAGCAGCUCGUGGUUUAGAUGUUGACGACGUGAAGUAUGUUAUAAAUUUUGAUUAUCCAUCAUCAUCAGAAGAUUACAUACAUCGUAUUGGACGUACUGGUCGCCGACGUCAAAUUGGAACAGCAUAUGCAUUUUUCACUACACACAAUAUGAAGCACGCUGAAGAUUUGAUUGCAGUAUUACGAGAAGCUGGCCAAAAUAUAAAUCCACGUCUCAGUGAGAUGGCAGAACUCGCUAAAUCCGCGCAACAUGUAGGAAAAGGUGCAAAAAAAUACGGUGCUCAAAUUCCGAGGAUUAAUGAACGAGUUGACAACAGGCGUCCUGGCAAUUAUGAAAGCAAUGGGAAAGGCCGAGGGAAUGCUAUUAAUAACAACAAUAAUUACCGAGGUGGAACGUCUUAUCAAUCUGCUAUUAAUGCUUAUUCAGGAUCGAAUUAUAAUCAACCUACAAAACAAUCAUUUGAUCAAAAUUAUUCUUAUGGUUAUACUGCACAAAGAAGUUACGCACAAAAUGAUUCUGCGUACCAUAACAAUGAUAACGGAUACAAUUGCAAUUACUCUGCACCAAAUUCUUAUUAAAGAAAAAAAUAGAUAAUGAUAGUGAUUGUGCACUUAUUUAUUAUGAUAACAUUCAGUUUCGUUAAUCACAAUCUUUGUGUAAUAUUUAAAAAAAAAAAAAAAAACACUAAAUAUCAUUAAUAUUUUCAUUUAAAAUGUUACUCAAUCAUAUUCUACAAAUAGUAUUAAUUAUAGAUGUUGUUAUUAUUUAAAAAGUUUGCAUAUCUUAAAUGCAAAGCAUUUAGAUAAACUUUAUUUUCAUUUAUUUUUUGUUUGACUAAUUCAUAACAGUAUAAUUAUAUCUACAUUUAUAGGUAAUAUGAUUAAUAAUUUAAUUUUAAAAAAUAAUAUUCUUAUUAAUGUGUGAUUUAAUUCAUAAUGAAUUCCAAGUUUCUGUGAUCUGUGACUGACUUAGUCUUAGAUUUAAACUGUUGAAUAUAAUAAAGAACUUGCAAUUAAUAAAAAUAA